GCACGUGGGCGUGGGGCUGGCAGCGCGCAUGUCGCCACUGGUGGUGCCCCUCGUUGUACUGGCCGACAAAGACGUGCAGCGAGGAGGAGGCCGCCGUCUACGGCUGGCGAAACGCAAAGCUCGCCUUUCGCGGCACCCUGUCCGCGGUGGUGACGGGAAUCGACCACCUUUACGGCCUCCACCUCAGCGUCGCCAACGCGAUCAUCACCGCCAACGUGGAGGAGCUCGAUCCCGAUCACCCUCUCCGCCGACUGAUGACGCCGUUUGGGUACCGCACCGCCGCCAUCAACUGGCGCGCGUCCUUUGCGCUCGUCAACGAGUUUGGGCUGCUGCACCGCGCGAUGCCCUUCACCAAGCAGGGCCUCCGGCAGCUCUUCGACUUUGCUCGCACCUCGAGCGCGGGCAUCACCUGGGCGACGAUCACAGCGCGGCACGCGGCCAAAGGCGUUGACUCCGUCACGCUGCCCCUCGACGAGGAUGGCGACGAAUACUACCUCCUUCUCCGCCGCUUCGUCUCCGACUACCUGGUGAAAUACUAUCCGUCGGGCGAGUGCGCCGCCGACGCAGGGGUGCAGGCCUGGCACCGGCGAGUCAACCGCAUCGCGCCAAACCACGACGUGCCGUCGGUGGACUCGUGCGACGCGCUGGCCGACAUCCUCGCGACCUUCAUGUACCUGGUCAGCGCCGGCCACCGGCACGUCGGCACGAUCGCCGCCGAGCUCGAGGACCCCUGCUGGGCGCCUUGGAGCUGGCGCGACGGCGACUUCUGCGGCCUCCCUCGCACGGCCUACACGCAGACGGUCAUCAUGGCGCUAACCUCGCACGAGCAGCCACGCAUCCUCGACGACUACUCCCACAUGUUUCUUGACGCCGAGGCUGGCAGCAUGUGGACGAACCUCACCGCGUCGCUGCGCCGCUUUGGAGACGCGGUCGAGGCGCGCAACCUCCAGCGGCGGAGGCCCUACCGGGUGUUUAUCCCGUCCCAGAUCGAGACGUCGGUCGCCAUCUAGGAGGAGGGUCGAUCUGGAGAGAUGUAGCCGAGACGUACAUAGAACACCUACUCGAGUAAUAAUAGCUGUGACCUGUGUCGAGAACCAAGACGAAAGUGGGUCUAUACAAAUGGGCAAGUUCUCGCCACGACCGUGACCGUUAAGAGCACGAAAGCACCGCCGGUCGGCAAGUGCAAGUGUGAACAUCCCUAUGUUUGUCAUUGUGCGUCUUGGGGGCCCGGGGUUCGGGGUGUGUUUUUGCGUGAACAAGACUCAAGAGGUCGCU